AGUAUCACACGGAAUCCCAGUAACAACGCCUUGCUCCCACACUUGGCUUCUCUAACGCAUCCGGGCAGAGGAACUACAAUCCCCAGCAUGCAUUGCGCCCGGAAGUAGUGGUUGUGAGGGAAGCCGAAUGAGUAGCUAAGAUUGCGGGGAGAGAGAAGUUCGGAUCGCUGCUUCAGUUCCUGAGUGGUGUCCCUUUGCUACAGGCGCUGCCCCCGUUUGUGUAUGUGGGAGUCACACAGUAAGCAGUAACCCCUCACCCCAGGAAUGGCAUCAAGAAAAAAGAAAGGAAUUUUAGAUUCUAUAGAUGAUGACCUUGGAGAUCUUCUCAGAGAUGACGAGCCGUCCCCGAUCAGAGCACGCAAGGCGUCUCCCAUAAAUCCUGCUUUUCCAAGCAAACCCCAUUCCCGUAUUACUUCCAGCGCCCACAAAAGUUCUCCGCUCGAUGACACCUUCUUCAGUCAGCUGGCUAAAGAGGCAGGAGAGGAGUCGGAUGUCUCCGAGGCUGAUCCCCAGGCUCUGCUUGAUGCAAUGAAGGACAUGGAUGAGUUAGACGCAGAAAUAUUCGGUGGGAGGAAGCUGAAAUCUGCACCCGCAAAGGAUUCUAGGAUGAGCCGGAGUGCUGGCCUAGAGCUGAAACCACAGGAGAACCCAAUAGAAAACAAGAGGGGACAUUCUGCCCCAGAAAGUGAAAGGAAAAUCACAUCAUCCCCAGCAGCGCGGCCCUAUAAGAAGUUCUCACUUGAAGAGGAUGCCCAGCUCUCAGAGGCACCACUGGAGAGGACAGAUCUUAAUGAUCCGCUUGCGGGGAUUUUAUCUGAUGAAGAUGAUCUUGUUGACAAAAAGAUCAAACCUCGGGGAUCUACAGCUACUGAAAAACCCAAAUCUGCUCCGGAAUCAGCCCCCACGAAGAGCGCGGAUAAUCUUCCAAUUAGCCCGGCAAAACCCUCUCUGACCACCCUUAAAAAGGACGAGUUUAACUUUGGGGAGGAGACCGAUGAUCUUAUGGAUGCUCUUGGAUUUGAUAACAGCCCUGAAAGAACCCGAGUAAAGGAAAGCUCUGCCCCGCCUCCUGCGCGUUCCAAGCUGGAUGAGCUCCUUGGUAGAGGGACUGCAGCCAAACUUCUGGAAAGACCACCCACUGGGGAGCGAAAAGAAUUUAAACUUGAUCCUAAAUACCAGAAACAGCAAGAGAACCAGAACACACCAGACGAUGCGGAUAUUAACUUUGGUUCGUACCAACCUACUGUCAACAGUCCUGAGGGGCGACCGUCUCGCAGGCCAUCUGUCAGAUUCUCUGCAGAUGGCAGCGACAAUUUCAAAUCGGAAGGAAGGUCUCGCUCCAGCACCCCAGCAACUAGGAGUCCAGCCAGAGGAGAGAGGGGUGGGGCGGACUGGCUGGGCUUGAAAGACGAUGACAUUGAUGUUCCUGAUUUUACACCUUCAUUACCUGUCAGGGACCCACCCCGGUCUGCAGGUGUUACACCAAGUUCAGCCGGACGUCCCACCUCUGGAAAUAAAAUUGCGGACAAGCCUAUUAACCAAACGAGAAGUGGGCUCCAGGAAGCAGCCUCGGUAGCACAGGAGGAUGAUGGGUGGCUGACCUCUGCCCUUUCACAAAAAAAGGCACAAAAACAGGAAAUGGAGGAAAAAAGCAAAAGCCAAGCCAGACAGGAAGAUGUUACAGGGAGCAGCCCUGCAGUCUUCUCACAAACCAGCUCACAGGAGUCCGCUGUUAAUAAAGGCACAAGAGAGACUGGUAUGGUAGUUGCUGAGGUAUCUGGGUCUCCCAAAAAAGUCUCUACGUUUGUGGCUCCCAAACAAGAAGAAACCAUUCAGACAGCAGUUACCGGCCCGUCUCAAGAGCACGGCACAGCCAGAACUUUGCAGCAGACGGUGGUCUCGCGGCCAUUAGAGAGAAAAGCACGAGAUGGGGAUAGAGAUCUUCACGGGGAUCCCCUGCAGGCACAGAAUCGAGUGAUGGAUCUAGAGGCACAGGUCAGGAAGCUCCAGCUAGAGAGGGACCAACAGAACCUGCUGCUGGAGACCCUGCGAGAAAGACAUCAGGAGGAUAUGGAGCUGAUAGAGAAUGCACAUCGGAGCCGCCUGAAACUAGUGGAAGACUCUGCCCGUCAAAGAGAGGAGCGACUGCGCCUUGAGAACCAGGAGUUGUCCGCCCAGUACCUAUCUCGGUGCCAGAGCACGGAAACCGAGAAAGCCGAACUGCUGGCGCAGUAUCAGAAGAAACUGACUGAAUUCCAGCAGGAGAAGGAGCUGGAACUGGAGAGAAUUCGGGAACUGCAGAGGGUGUUUGUCCAGGAGAUGUGCAGAGACCAUGAGGAGCAGCUGCAGAGACUCAAGCGGCUAAAGGACCAAGAGAUCGAUGCAGUGACGAGUGCUUCCUCCCACACAAGAUCCCUGAACACCGUUAUUGAACAAAUGGAGUCGUUCUCCCACAAGCUGAGUGACCUGUCCCACAGAGUAGAGAGCACUCAGCAGACAACUUCCCAUGAGCUGGAGACAGGAGCACGCCAGAGAGAAGGGCAGCUCAGAGCACUGCAGGAGCAACUGAGCCGCCAGCAGAAAGACAUGGAGCAAGAACGAAACAGUCUCCGUAUGGUGAUAACCAACAUGGAGACACGGUUAAUUGAGCAAAGCCGUCUCCUAGAACAGGAACGAUGGCGGGUCACCUCAGAACAAGCCAAGGUGGAGUCAUUGCAGCGCUCACUGGAGGAGCAGAGGAGGGUCGUGACACAGCAAAUGGCAAUAGAAAGAGAGGAGCUGGAAAGGGCAAAGAGCGCUCUCCUGGAGGAACAGCAGUCUGUCAUGUCUCGGUGCACAGAAGAGCGUCGAAAGCUGGCGGCAGAAUGGUCCGAUUUUCAUACCCAGCAAAAACUGAGCAAGGAGCGAGCAGAGAAAGAAGCAAACAGGGUCAUUGUGGCAGAAACUCAGAGGGAGGGCGCCAUCAUAAAUCUGGCCAAGGAGCAGGCAGAGUUAAAGAUCAAGGCUAGUGAGCUGCUCAACAAAGAGGAGCAGCUGUUUUUGGCCAGAGAGGCCAUGGAAAAGGAAAGACAAGACCUCCGCCUGGAAAAGGAAAGGGUUAAUGCAUCUGCUCUGCGGGUGCGACAGCGUGCGGAGGAAAUAGAGAGCAUGAGCAAGUUGGCAUCACAACGUUAUGAGGAGGGAGAGAAAGCUCUAGAAGAGGCAUGCAAGAUAGAAUCCGAGCACCAGGGCCGUUUAAGGGCAAUUCAGCAGAAACUGGAAAUUCUGCGACAACAGGAGGAACAUAUACAUCAGGAACGUCUGAGUCUGGCACAGCAGAGACGCCAGUUAAACCAACUUCAGCAAGAGCUUCCCACUGCCAGUGUUCUAUUCCCUGCCAGACCCCCAGAGCCCCCCCUGAUGGCACAGAAUGGGAAGUUCACUGCAAAAGCUAUUGGGAUCCCAGCAGCGCUGCAGGAAACCAGCAAACCACAAGUAACAGAGUUCCAUGCCAAAUUGGCUCUGCUCAAGAUGUCUGCCCAGCAGGACAGGGACUUCCUGGAAGAAGAGCAGGCCUUCUUGGAAACUCUCAGGAAGCCCAACUUGCCCUGGUCACAAGCCGUAUGAUGAAAAGGCAAGCUGCAGGCAAAUCAGAGUGCCACAAGGGGGCGUAAUCCCUCAUGCACUUCCUUGUACAGCCAACAACACACUGUGAAUGUCAUUUUCUAUAUGUAACUUCUAAUUUAUACCUUUUGCACCAUUUUUAUACCAGAGAAAUAAACAUGCAUUGAUUUGCUCA